UUUCAUAUAAAACAACAAGGCCAGUCGUAAUAUUUUUUUAAAUUUUACGAAGCUCGUUUAUUCAAUUUGAAUUUCUUUCAUAUACAGGCGCUGAUUGUUUGAAGCAUAUAUCAAAGACAACUUAAAUUCUGGAUCAACCAUAAAUUGCAUCCCUCUCAAGGGCGGUAUUAUGUGAUAAAGAAAAAAUGCUGAUUAUUAACAAAUUCCAAUAAUUUUAUUAUCACGAAGUCUGUUUUAUCGGGAAUAUAUAUGCUUCACGUCAUCGAUACGAAAGUGGGAAAACAGCAGGCGAAAAUCAAUACUUAAGGCUGACGUUUCUACGUGAGGGGGUUGCGAAAAUAUGACUGUCCUGACCGCAUUUCCAUUGCAUUAAAACACUCAGUGAACCGUUCAAAUAGUUAAUUUUCGGCCGUAUUUACAUAUACGAUUUGAUAUGAUAAUUUGCUUUUAUCAAAACGGUUAUUUUUAGAACGCCUUAAUUUAGUGAAGCGCGUUUAGUGUGACAAACCUAGUGUGACAACCUCUUAAGAUAUGCCUCUUUCCAAUAUUUUCCGACGUGCCUCGACCUACAUCUUAGGCUACGAAGAAGAAAUCGAAAAACCGCUUAAUUACGAUAACAAUGAGGUGCUGUUUUGUAAAAACAAUGUGUGCGUGCACCCUCCAGCGAUGGUCAGACACGAGAGUGACGUUCUGCACAACCCAGGUUACCUAACAGUUUCCACAAAAAUAUUCAUAGAUCAGUACAAUGAUGCCAAGAGGCCCACCCUAUUUCUCACCUGGAUUCCCAAUAGCGAUUUGUCCAGAUGCUCCCUGAACCUCCAUCAAACCUCGCAGUUGUACAAAAAACAAACCAGCCUAGAAAGUCUCACCUCGAACGAUUCGUUCAGUAACGAGCAACUUUCCAGACCUCACAGUAUUGAACUGAAAAGCACAAAUCCCUUUUUAAAUUUCGAAACUUGCGAGUCGUUGAGUUCUGAGGAGAGCGAGAAGAAUGGCACAAUGAUCAACAUCAACGUAGACAUUUCGAAUCCGGAAAUUGAAAUCAUCCAGACCCCAGACAGCGUGAAGGAUCCCACGGAGGGUUUCGAGUUCUCCAGGAGUGCCAGUGUCACUUCUAGCGAUAGCCAGUUUAAUUGGAUUACUACCCCGGAGUACCUGAUCCAGAAACAUAACCUGACUUUUCCGGAAAGUGCUGGCAGUUCUCCGGUCUUGCCUGCAAGGAAACCUCAUAAAUGCAGAAGAUUUAGUGUGGACCUAAGCCAAAUGAGAUCACUUAGGUUGUUCUUUAACGAUAACAAUUGCACUUGCGGUCAACUAGUGGUUGCUUCACGAGAGUCGCAGUAUAAGAUUCUGCAUUUCCAUCACGGGGGGUUGGAUCAUUUGGCGCAAGUUUUGCACCAGUGGCAUUCCCUUUUGCAUAGUAUUAAGUCUGCUAAAGGUGUGGAUGAAAAUCUCCCUUAUCGACACUUCAUGGUUUGCCGACCUGAAGUUGCUGACAUUGAACUUCACCCCGAGGAAGGACAAGUGCCGAAACUAACCGAAGCGAACUUCCGGAGUUUAUUUAACCAAUCCGGACAACUGGAGGACGAUUUAACUUUAAGGAAGUACGUGUUUUUUUCCGGUAUGGAUCGCGGUAUCCGGAAGGAAGUGUGGCCCUUUUUGUUGCACGUGUAUCCUUAUCAGAGCACUUUUGAGGAGAGGUUGCAGAUUGCCGAAAUUAGGCGACAAGAAUAUGAGGAAAUUACUAGAAGAAGAUUGGAUCUUAAUGAAAACCAACUGAAUCAGUUCAGGAGAAAAAUUCAAAGUGUGGUGGAGAAGGACGUUGUGAGGACCGACAGGAGUAACCCGUUCUUUGCAGGAGAUAAUAAUCCGAACUUAAUUGUAAUGAAGAAUAUUUUGCUCAAUUAUGCCGUUUAUAAUUCUGGACUGGGAUAUACACAAGGAAUGAGCGAUCUCCUAUCCCCAGUGCUAUGCGAGCUCAAAGACGAAGUGGCAGCCUUUUGGUGUUUCGUCGGCUUAAUGCAAAGGGCAGUUUUCGUAGCAACCCCCACUGAUCGAGACAUGGAUAGAUCACUAAGGUACUUGAGGGAACUUAUAAGACUCAUGGUGCCGAAGUUCUAUGAGCACUUGGAGAAACAUAAAAACGCCAUGGAGUUGCUCUUUUGCCACAGAUGGAUACUUUUGUGCUUCAAGAGGGAGUUUCCCGAAGCGGUGGCCCUUAGGAUGUGGGAAGCGUGCUGGGCCAACUACCUGACCGACUAUUACCAUUUGUUCUUAUGUUUGGCUAUUAUAUCGGUGUAUGCCGAUGACGUGAUUGCUCAGGACUUGAGAGCUGACGAAAUGCUCUUGCACUUUAGCUCUUUAGCAAUGUAUAUGGAUGGAGAGCUGCUUGCUAGGAAGGCCAGAGGUCUACUGCACCAGUUUAGACAAAUGAGGGAGAUCCCCUGCAGUCUUAAUGGACUAUGCACCAGAUGUGGACCAGGAAUAUGGGACAGUUCACAUAGUCCAAGGGUCUUUUGUAGUUGUAAUGGCCCUUGUACGAACACUUUUGCACCAGUUACUACUUCUUAAUUCAUAGGUUGUUGGGUUUAAAUUAUUUCCUUAAAGGGUUAACAAAUAAAUUUAAAGGGGUUGUACUAAAGUGGUGGCCUUGUAUAUAAAUCAAUUAUAGAGAUUUCUUGAAAAAAAAAUUAUUUAGCUUUAUCUAAGUGAGCAAUUCGAUACUUUGGAAAAGUACAAAAGUGUUUUGUAAAUACGUUAAAAGUAUUAUUGAUGAUUCGAUUUUGGUUUUUACACAUAUCAAUUAUAGCAAAUUCUAGCUUUGUACAAUUCGUUUGCAAUAAAGCAAUAGU